AUAAGUAUUGCCAUGAUGUUAAAAUACUACAACUCAACCCAACCCAAACAUCUAACAAAAACCCACAACACAGAUAAACAAAAUUAUCACUUCCCUCUCUCACAAUCUUCACUUUCAGGCAACAAAUCCAGCAUUUCAAGGCACAAAAUCAAAUGGGUUUCAAUUCAAACAACAAUCAGAACUUGUUGUCUAAGAUAGCAACAAACAAUGGGCAUGGUGAAAACUCUCCCUAUUUUGAUGGUUGGAAGGCGUACGAUAGCAAUCCAUACCAUCCUACCCAGAACCCAAAUGGGGUUAUUCAGACGGGUCUAGCAGAAAACGAGCUUUGCUUUGAUUUGAUUAAAGAAUGGGUUGUGAAUAAUCCCAAAGCCUCCAUUUGCACUGCUGAAGGAGCAAAUGAAUUCAAAGACAUUGCUAUUUAUCAGGAUUAUCAUGGCUUGCCAGAGUUCAGAAAGGGUGUGGCUAAGUUUAUGGGAAAAGUGAGAGGCGAUAGAGUAACAUUUGACCCAGAUCGCAUUGUUAUGAGUGGUGGAGCUACUGGAGCUCAUGAAAUGUUGGCCUUCUGUUUAGCUAAUCCUGGUGAAGCAUUCUUGGUACCUACACCAUAUUAUGCAGGAUUUGAUCGAGACUUGAAAUGGCGAACAGGAGUAGAGCUUGUUCCAGUAGUUUGUGAGAGCUCUAACAAUUUUAAGGUCACCAAAUCAGCCUUGGAAGCAGCAUUCAAGGGAGCAAAAGAGGCUAACAUCAAAAUUAAGGGCUUGCUCAUAACCAAUCCAUCAAAUCCAUUGGGAACUGUCUUAGACAGGGAGACACUAAGAAUUAUAGUGAGCUUCAUCAAUGAAAAAAACAUCCAUCUAGUGGCUGAUGAGAUAUAUGCUGCCACAGUUUUCAAUCAGCCCAGUUUCAUUAGCAUUGCUGAGAUAAUAGAGGAAAUAGAUUGCAACCGCAAUCUCAUCCACAUUGUUUAUAGUCUCUCGAAGGACAUGGGCUUCCCUGGCUUCAGGGUUGGCAUAGUUUAUUCAUACAAUGAUGCAGUGACAAGUUGUGCUCGUAGGAUGUCAAGUUUUGGGCUAGUUUCUACCCAAACUCAACAUAUGAUUGCAUCAAUGUUGUUGGAUGAUAUCUUUGUUGAGAAAUUUAUUGCUAAAAGUGCAGAGAGGCUAGCGAAAAGGCAUGAGUUAUUCACAAAGGGACUUGCUCAAGUAGGAAUUGGUAGCUUGAAGAGCAAUGCAGGGCUCUUUUUCUGGAUGGACUUGCGUAGGCUCCUCGAGGACUCAACUUUUGAAUCCGAGAUGGCACUUUGGCGUGUGAUCGUCCACGAUGUCAAGCUUAAUGUUUCUCCUGGCUCGUCUUUCCACUGCUCAGAGCCAGGUUGGUUCAGAGUUUGCUUUGCAAACAUGGAUGAUGAAACCAUGAGAGUUGCUCUACGAAGGAUACGAAGCUUUGUGACUGCCAAGAGGCAAUGUUGGCAAAGCAAUCUUAAGCUCAGUUUAUCAUUUAGAAGGUUGGAUGAUAUUGGGAUGGCACCACACAUGAUGUCCCCUCACUCCCCUAUUUCUUCACCCCUUGUUCGGGCUAGGACUUAGAUCAGAUGGAAAAGAUCAAUUUUUUUGCUAUGGUUAAUACAUCCUCUAAAUUCUUGGAUUCAUUCUAGGGAUUUUUUCAAAUGUAUAUGCAAUUCAAAGGCAUAUAGAAUUAACACAUUCAAUAACUGGCACUACUGCCCAUUUGUUGGAUGCAAUUUGCAUGUUACCAAAUUACAUAGGUUUAUGCCUCUAGUUUAAUCUCCCAUCAUUGUUGUAGUUGUUUGUGUCUCUUUUUUUGUCAAAAUUGUGAUGUGUUGUUGGCAAUAGAAUUGCCAUUUUUUGUGAUCUUGUGAUCAUUAUUUACCUAAUGUUACAAAGAUUUGUGUUAUUUCUCAA